GUCGUGUUUUCUUUUCAAAUAAAAAGAUAAUGGUAAGAAAUCCGAAUUACUGGACGACGAUGAUACUGACAGAUGAGAUAGAAUCUUUGCUUGUUAGUAUUCCCCAAGGGACACGUGCACGUAAAUACAUGAAUAAGUAGCUUCUAUAAUAAGAUGUUCGGCCGAAGAAUGGGACGCGUCAAAUGGUACUUUACACGCACGUGUUCAUUCUUAGUAAUUAAAUUGAAGUUCAUUCUUUGUCGCUCAAAUCAUGACGAAGCAAUAACAAUUCUACGAAAACGAUAACACCUUCUAUGCUAUUUAACCGUGCUACGUAAACGAAAGUGUAAACGAAAGAGAUCGACUUAAGUAUUAGUAAUACGAAAAGAACGUUAACAUAGACAGGUGUUUUCAACAUUUUUUAACACGCGAACGAGAGUAUAAACGCUUCAUUUCCAAAUAUAUUCGACCGUAGCAUAUGCUUCAAAUUUAUCGUCUAAACAUUUUACAUAGGAGUUUCCUUGAAGCUUCUUUUCGAUGUCGGUUGCACGCUGCACCAUAUACCGGCGUCAGUUCCGUUUUACUUCUGAUCAAGGAAACUUCUGCAUUUCGGUUUUCCAACAAAUUUCAUUAACCGUUCGAGAAUGGCGAUACUCGAGUAAUAUUUGUACAGAUUUCUCUUUUCUAUUUCUAAAUGAACAAAGAGGUAGGUAUCUCUUCCAAACUUUUUUUUUUUUACAAACAACUAUCUCUGAAUUUUAGAAAUUUAUAACGAUUCAAGUUGCGUCGUAAUAAUGUCCAAUUGUCCGUUCAAUGUCGACGAUAAAGGCAGUGAACCGAUCAAAAGUGGAGCAAGCCUCUCGUUAAAGAUGCAACGGAGCUUUAAGAAAAUGAAGAGAAGCAUUCAAAAGAUGACUGAAUCUUCGGUGACUGUUCAACCUCACUGCGUUUUCGUAGAGAAUAUGCAAGACGAUGAUAGACAACCGCCGUAUAUAUUUCCGAAACGACUCUCCUGUUUAACGUGCCAAACGGGAUUCUCAAAGGAUGAAAUACGAAAACUCUAUCGCGCUUUCAAACAGUAUUGUCCGAGAGGAGCCGUGACUACGAACGAUCUGAAGCCGGCUUACGCAAAAUUGUUCCCGUUGGGAGAUUCAACCAAGUACACGCAGAUCGUUUUCAAUACUUUCGACAGGGAUAGGGAUGGUAUUGUCAGCUUCCAAGAUCUUCUCACUGAAAUAAAUUUGAUUAUUAACGGCGAUUUGGAUCAAAAGCUCUCCUGGAUUUUCAGCUUUUACGAUCUCAAUGGAGACGGUUACAUCACGAGAAAGGAAAUGCUAGUCAUAAUAUCCGCGAUCUACGAGAUGCUUUAUACCGGUCAAACUGCUCAGCGAAUGAUCGUCAGGCACGUGGACAUGAUUUUCAAGAAGAUGGAUACCGAUAAGGAUGGAGUCAUAUCCCGCGAGGAAUUUAUGAAUACUUGCAAAAAUGAUUCUGUAAUUGAGAAUCAACUGGCAGUCUUUAAUCAGUUUUGGUGAUGAAAUAUACGAUCGACGUUAACGUUUAUAAAUUGCAUUAUUUCUGAAAAAUCUAAACCUGCUAUUCCUCCACUUUGCAAACG